ACUAACUGAGUUAUAUAUUGGCAUAUAGCUAAUCUGUAAUAAUAUUAACAUUUUGUUAUGGAAACAUUCAAAUCAUGCAUUCCUCUUUUAACAUGACAACUCCAAGAUGGCUAAGUUUUCUUUCCCUGAUUUGUUCGUAUGUAUUUCGUCACCCUUUUGCUGGCCAUCCAUACGGCAGAAAUGCCUUUUCCUAUACAAAACUAUUUGGACCGCUGGGUGUCUAAUAUAAGCAUUCUUGCAAAAUGUGUUGCCUUCCUUUUACUGGUAGUUCAGGGAACAUUUGGGGUUGCAGCUUGCCAGUAGUGUUGAAUGAUUUUCUGUAGACACAUUAAAUAUAAGUCAUAGUUCUCCAUGCUAUCUCAACUAGUUCACUUUUUCCUAAUGCUCAUGUCGAAUGAAUUAUUGAUUCUGAUCCAACUGACGGUUCAAACUGGGUUUCGCAUUGGUGUUACUGUGAUUUAUCCCUUUUCUAUUUUUAUUUAUCAACAUGAAAAGAAAAUCCAUCUGUUGCUUUUUGGAGAUUGGACUGUGGUCACAUAUUAGAUCUAUUGCUUGGUCUUGUAAUUGUUGUUACCCAUUUCGCAUUUAGUUUAACAAGUUAAGUCAAUGCUUGUAAAAGGCAAAAAUGAUGUUUUUCUGGUUUCAAGGAUCAGCGGUAGUGGUGUUAGCCCUUAGACGUGUUUUUUAAUGUAAAAUUCUUGGCCAAAUAUUUACAUCUCAUUUGGGUCCUUCAGGAAAGGCAAAACUUAGGCAUGUGUACAUAGAGAAAAAUUUAACAAGGUAUCCAUGUGGCAUAAUUAUUCAACUAGGUGUCCUGACAUCAAAAUUCUUCAAUUAGGUAUCUGUACCUCAAAAUUGAUCUGCUAGAUUUUGUGGGUUGAAAUUAUUCAACUAGCUGUCCAUAUGUUGAAAUUAUUCAACCAGAUCCUUGUAAUUUAUUUCUUGUGCCCAACCAAGCAUCUUCGGAUAUACUUGCUGGAAUGCUGACGUGGAAUUUGUCGAUAAAUAUAUUUAUUUAAUGAAGGCACACUUUUCUCGUGUUAUAUGGAUCUGGUAGACAGAGUCUAUGGGCCAGUCUUCCUCUUUAUAUAUACCUAAUAACCUGUCUCCUCAAUAAAAAAAGAAAAGAAAAAAAAGGGAAGAACCACCGAGUCCCCAGCUUCUGCCCUCACCACUCUUGCGCUCAAUCAGCACAGAAAUCUUGCUUCAGCUAACAAGGGAGUGGUUAAUCUGCAAAUCUGUGCAUCUUGAGAACAAAUGUCGCUGAUGGAGCUCAGUUGAGCGAAUUUUCCCAACAGUUGCCGCAUCUUGAGGGGGUUCACUUGAAGAAUAUUGCUCUUUAUAAUGGAAUGCAGUUUAUGCCAUCAUUUGAUCUUGCUCAUUGUCUUGGCAUGAGACAAAAAUUUACUUCCAUGGACCGAGAUAUAACUGCUGAUGGAAAUGUACCACAUAGGUCAAUUCAUUUACGCAGAAGAAGAUCUCUUCCACAAACAUCAACAUUACCCAUGUUUGCUGAGAACCAUGAGUUUGGAACUGCCAGCAUUUUUAUGGAUCCAUCUUUUUUUACCAAAGCAAUGGAACCAAGUCCUAGUGAAAACAGAAGUUCAUUAAAGCCUCCAAAAUUUCUUGUCGAAAAUAGCAAUCAUCGGUCACAUCAUCGUACAGUUGGCCUACCUGUUCAAUAUAGUGAUUUCUUUAUUACCUGCUUGGGAGAAAUCGACAAUCGGACAAGUUACCAUAAUUCCUACCAGAUAUGGCCGGUGGGUUUUACGUCUUACUGGCAUGACAAAAUUACUGGUUCACUGUUUGAGUGUGAGGUCUGUGAUGGGGGAAAUUUUGGACCUUUGUUUAAGGUCAGAAGGUUACCAUGUUCAGUGUUCCCACUUCCGGAUGCAUCAACCACUCUAUGCCGAAAUGUUGUGAGAAAGGCUGAUACAAUAGAAACAAAGGAAAGUAGCAGUUUGAUUGAAGAUACUGCUAAUGAUACUGAUGAUAACAUUUUCAUGCUCCUAUCAGAACCCUCUGAAGUGAAUCAAGAUUUCUUAUCAUGUCUUAGUAAUGAUAUGGAGGGUAAAAGGACAUUAGGGUGCAGUAACAUACCGGGUUCAUAUAUGACAAUGCCAACUAUACCGUCACAUUCUGGGGCUUUCAGUUCAGCACCGACUAAAGAAGUAAAUUUGCAUGACAAAAUUGGUGAGUUUACAUUUGAAGGAACAUCACCUUCCUCAGUCUGGAGGAUGAUUUCUUGUGCUAUGACAGAAGCUUGUGAAAAAAUGUACAAGGAACAUGGCCAUUUGGUAUUCUUCUGCACGCACAGUAGUGAAAAGCCUUCAUUUGACUAUGGGAGUGGAUCUCAGAACACUGAUGGUCCUUGCAAUCCAUUGACUAGAUUUUGCUCAUCCUAUGGGCCCAGUAUACUGCAAUUUAUAGAAAAGGAGAAUGAUGCAGAAUCAACUUGUGCAUUACUUAAAGAAUGGUUGUAUCAGGACAGAAUUGGAUUCGAUAUGGAAUUUGUUCAAGAAAUUGUGGAAUCCCUUCCUAAAUCCAGGGCUUGUUCAAACUACCAGUUCUUGUGUAACAGGGAUGGAUUUGUCUCUUCGUUGACAGUUGCAAGUGGCACACUUUUAUCUGUGCAUAAAAAUAGUCCGAGUAAUGGGGACACCAUGUCAUAUGGUAGACAUGGAUCUGUGGUAUCUGGGCCACAGGAUCGUGCUCAACCUAGAUCUUUGAGCAUCCGUGAGCUUCCUCGGGGAAAUCCUAUUAGCUGCAAGCUUCCACCAGAGUUGGCGGGAGAUGUUUUCCAGAUAUUGGAGUUUCUGGGGCGAUUUGCUGAAAUCGUUGGACUGAAAGAAGCUCCUUCAAUUGAGCAAGUAGAAGAUGAACUUAUUGACCCAUGGCCAAUUUGUGCAAAUCAAAAGGACAUUCAACACUACAGGGAUCACACCCCACCAACGAAUUCACCUGCAAAUGUUUCUACGUCGCAUUCGAAUGGUGAAUCAGGUCUAACUACUAAUGAAGAGAUAGCACCUGUGUUUAUUCCAGUUGAAACUUCUUCAACUAGGGAAGCUACUCAAGAUAACUUGGCAGCCCAGACACUUGGGAGAUGUAGUGGUGUAGUGUUGCCUGAGAUCCACCUUGCACUCUUGAGGGUUCUUUUUAGUGAGCUAUUAUCGAAGGUUGCAAUUUUUGUUGAUCCAAGCAUUGACCCUAAAGAAUCAAAAUCCAAACGUGGAAGAAAGAGGGACGCAGACAAUGCAACAAAAGAUUUAAAGAUUGAUAUGCUGACUGCUAAUAAGUUGACUUGGCCGGAGUUGUCUAGAAGGUAUAUUUUAGCUGUUUCUUCCAUGAGUGGGUGCAUGGAUUUAUCUGAUAUUUCUAGUCGAGAAGGAGUGAAGUUGUUUCGCUGCCUACAAGGUGAUGGUGGUAUCCUGUGUGGAGCAUUCCCUGGGGUUGUUGGCAUGGAGAAGGAUGCUUUGCUGCUUGCCGAGGCUGAAAAUUUGAUAUACAAUUCUUCAGCGGAUGAAGGGAAUAAGGUCUUUAUGAUGGAUUUCAAGGAUACUGAUGUUGUGGAUUCUCCUGAGGAGCCUGCUAGUGAUAUUAAUACAUUACCAGAUUGGGUGGAAUCACUGGAGCCUGUGAGAAAAUUACCAACUAAUGUAGGAACAAGAAUAAGAAAGUGUGUUUAUGAAGCUUUGGAGAGGAAACCUCCAGAAUGGGCAAGGAAAAUUUUAGAGCAUUCAAUCAGUAAAGAGGUCUACAAGGGUAAUGCAUCUGGACCGACCAAGAAAGCUGUUUUGUCCGUCUUGACAGAGGCAUGUCGUGUAAAAGUACCGCAAAAUCCUGAAAAACCAAGAAAACAAAAGAACAUUAUUUCCAUCUCAGAGGCUAUCAUGAAAAAGUGUCGUAUUGCCCUGCGGCGUGCUAUUUCCUCAGAUGAAUCAAAGCUUUUUGGAAAUUUGCUUGGAACAACUCUAACGAAUUCCAAUGAGAAUGAGGAUGAGGGUAUCCUUGGAUUUCCUGGUAUGGUAUCUCGCCCUUUGGACUUUCGCACAAUUGAUAUAAGGUUGGCUAUGGGAGCUUAUCGUGGAUCUUGGGAAGCUUUUCGUGAUGAUGUACAAGAAGUAAUCUGUAAUCUGCACACUGCAUUUGGUGAUCGACCUGAUGUGCUGGAAAUGGUUGUAGCAUUGUCUCAGAGUUUUGAGUCAUUAUAUAAGACAGAGGUACUCGAUGUUGUUGAGAAGUUUGAUAAGUACCUCUGUAACAAGGAUGACGAUUCAGAACUCAAUGAGGAGUUACUUGAUAUUCUCACUGCAGCAAACAACAUGCCCAAAGCUCCGUGGGAGGAUGGUGUUUGCAAAGUAUGUGGCAUUGAUAGAGAUGACGAUAGUGUUCUUCUAUGCGAUAAAUGUGACUCGGAAUACCAUACGUACUGCUUGAAUCCACCACUAGCUCGCAUACCAGAAGGAAACUGGUACUGCCCAUCAUGUGUGGCAGGCAGAAAGAGAGCGCAUCCUGAUCACAAUGUUGCAGAUUUGAUGCGAGAACAGAAGAAGCAUGUUGGGGAGGAAUCUCAUGCUUUUUAUGAUGCAGUUAAUAAGUUAGCUAUGGCAAUGGAAGAGAAAGAGUACUGGGAGCUUAGCAUACCAGAGAGAAUAUAUUUGCUGAAAUUUCUAUGCGACGAAAUGCUCAACACAGCUCUAAUUAGGGAACAUUUAGAUCAAUGUUCAGAUAAGUCCGUUGAUCUCCAGCAGAAGUUUCGGUCUUGGAAUUAUGAAUUGAAAGAGCUGAAAUAUAAGGUAGAAAUAAGGACUUCAUGCGCCAGACAAGGUAGAUGGAUCAAAAAUGAACAUUUAGGUAAUAGUUCAGGACUUGGGGAAAAUCAGCAGCGUGGCAUGCCCACAGCAUCAGACCAUCUUGAAGAGAGUGAACAGGUUAAUGUUGGAGUUAACCUCAACAACCCAGCUGAUGGGGCUCCUGCUGGGCAAUUGAAUGUAGGUAGACCUUACAAAACUGACAAUGACAUAUCCAGUGCAUCUUUGAUUGAGGGAAAUACAUCUUUGGGACUUUCCAAACAACCAUCAGGGAUAACUACUGACCGGAUUGAUGGGGAUGCUAUCGGUGAAGGGUUCCAAAGUUGUGAGAAGUCAUUAGGUAGCACAAGUUGUACUUAUGAUAACUUGAAUAUGAGAGAGUCUCAUUUGACUACAGUUAUCAGUUCACCAAAUGGGGAGUUGCCUGACAAGAAUGCUAGUAGAUCAUUCCAAGAUAACCUGGAAGCAUCAACAACCACAGUAGUUGAUCAUGAUGCUGAUAACAAUGAAAUGAAGAUUUUAUUGGAUAGGAUUUCACAAUUGCAGGAUUCAAUUAGCACAGUAGAGUCACAGCUCACUAUGGCAUCCUUGAGAAGAGACUGUCUGGGAAGGGAUUUGGUGGGUCGAUUGUACUGGGUUAUAGCAAGACCUGGUAAACGUCCUUGGUUGGUUGCUGAUGGAAGCAUGCUGAUACCCAAGUACAGAGACAUUAGCAUGGUUAGCAGCUAUCCUCAGUCUACAUUUGAUUGUAGAGGUUGGAACUCAGCAUCAGUUGUUAUGUAUGAAUCUGAUGAAGAAAUCAAGUGUCUUGUUGACUGGCUAAGGGACUAUGAGCCUAGGGAGAAAGAACUGAAAGACUCUAUCUUGCUCUGGCAAAGACUUAAUCUCCAGGCUAGUUUUCCUCUUAGUGAUCCUCCAGCGUCCAAGUUUUCAAAGAUUGGACCACUCAUAGACCUUCCACAUACCAAGGCUUUUGUAAUUUUGGAGCAAAAGUAUGGCCUGCAAUUGGACCAGGACACUAGUGAUCUCUCGAAAAGGCGAGGAAAGAAGACAAAAUCAGGUUCUGAAGAAAGAACAUAUCGCUGCGACUGUUUAGAACCUAUAUGGCCUUCUCGGUAUCAUUGUUUAACUUGUCAUGAGACUUAUCUUACAUCAACAGAAUAUGAAGAGCAUAAUGGUGGAAAAUGCAACAGAAGCAAUCAUUCUCGUAAUGAAAGCAAGGAAAAUGAUGAGCCAAAAGUGAAGGGUAUCAAGUCUGAUACAAAGGAAAAAGAUCCAGCAGAUCAUAAUUGUUCCAUUGAUCCAUCUAGCAACAGAAAAUUGGAGCCAUGCCCUUAUGACUUUGAAGAAAUUUGCAGAAAAUUUGUCACAAAUGAUUCAAACACGGAAACAGUGAAGGAGAUUGGGCUCAUUGGAUCAAAUGGAGUUCCAUCUUUUGUGCCUUCACCUGCAUUUUUCUUUGAACCGCCAGUUGUGCUAAGUCAAAAUAAAAGAUAUGAUGAUAUGCCAAAUGAUUGGACUUCCUCUUUGGAGGAAUGCCAGGCAAUGUCUGCCAAAAAGAACGGGCUGGAGGAGUCCAAGUCUGGUCAAGAUUGUCCUGGCAAUGCAGGUGAAGAGCAGAUGCCAAAAUCAAGGAAGCCUGUCAGGGAUAGUACUUCUGGCGAGGAAACAUCUUCUGCAAGAGGCAAACCAACAAGAUUGCUAGCUGUUAAUGGGGGCUUGGUUCCGGAGUCAUCAUUGAGGCCUGUGAUAGGAAGGAACUCUCAUAUCCUAAAGCAGCUAAAGAUAAACUUGCUUGAUGUAGACGCAGCUUUGCCUGAGGAAGCAUUGAGAGCCUCAAAGUCUCAGCAAAUAAGAAGACGUUCAUGGCGUGCUUUUGUCAAGGAUGCAGAAUCAAUAUCCCAGGUGGUAUUGGCAACCAUCUUGUUGGAGAGCAUGAUAAAAGCUGAGUUCCUGAAGAACAAUUGGUGGUACUGGUCCUCCUUCACAGCAGCUAUCAAGACAGCAACCGUAUCUUCGCUUGCCCUCCGGAUCUACACUCUUGACGACUGCAUCAUCUACACAAAGGAUCAUGUUCCAAACACCGAGCCGGCUGACGGUGGAAAGCCUGUAAACAAGGGGAAGAGGAAGAAAGAGGGGGAAUCAUCGGCAUCGUAAUGGAGGGUGUUCCCUGCUCCAUUGUAGAUUCUAGAUUUAUAAGCUUCUCGGUCAGUUCUCAGGCAGCGUAACAAUGUGACUCUGUGGUCAAGUAGAUUGUGGUCAAGUAGAUCGAAGGUAUAGAUGAUAGUGAUACCAAGUCCCGGCCAAUGUGGCCUCGUACCGUUGCUUGGUUUUACCUUAAGACUCUGGUGUCCUGCCAAGGGUGCAACCUUGUUUUACCCAUUUCGGUUUCUUGGUACUUACCGGCGUGCCUUUGCGCUCCUGCUGCUGUCGUUUAGGGUCAGAAUAAUCUCUGCUGACAUUUGCUCUGUAAAUUCUGUUGGAAGGAUGGCACCAGCAAGUGCUGGCGUUUAAACGAGAUCCGGCGGGAGGAGCAGCGAAAAUUUGUCUGUCGGGCUUAGCCAGUUCUGGGGAUUAGGCGAGAUCUGCUAGGUCGGUAGGAUUUAUCUCAUUGCUACCCUGCUUCAUUUUAUUUUGGUAGCGGCAGUGGGUAGUUGAGUUAUCAUGCUCUUUUGGUGCUGGGCAUUGUAUUUUGGAUGUCCCUGUUCAUCUAACUGCAUUAGGCUCUUGACUCGUAACGGCGAGUGUAAUAUUCUUUUGACAUAGGAAUGCUACUUUUGUAACUUAACUGGAACUAAUAAUGAAGGAUGAAAAUGAAUCUCUCUCUAUC